UCCCUCUUGGCUGGCCACAAAUAUUUUGAUCAAUUUUUUGAUUUUAUGGGCGCAUUUGAAAAACCCCGUAUGGAAUUUUUAAAUGGGUUUUUAUAGUUGAGAAUAAAAAAUUUUUAUCUUCUAUAAUGACGCCUCGCCUUAGAAUUUUAUCGAACGUGAUUGAGCGUUUAGGUAAAUUAAAAACAGCUGUCACUGGCCAUGUUUAUGGUGUAAUGUGCGAAAGUGCAUUGACUGUUUUGGCAUUCAGUGUAGAAUCGAAUAAUGAAGAACAGGAGGAGGCCACAAUUUCAAAUGUCAAUUUACAGCUGAGUAUGCCCGUUGAGAUUGAUUUGUUGGGCGUUUUAUUUGUCGACCAAUGCGAACAGAAAAUUCCAGACGCUUUUCAGGAUAUUGACGUAACGGAUAAUCCAUUAAUUUUAAAAUAUUGGACUAAGGAUUCGAGUGUACAGCCGUUUUUCUACAUUCAUCAAAAAUUAGAAACUGCUGGUGAUUUUGAAAUUGUGAGUGAAGAUUAUGUUUGUCAGCAUUUUGUUUAUAUUCGACUAUUAGCAAGUCUUCCUUUAAUUGCCGAAAGAGAUAAUAUUGUAGAUACUCUUCAAGAGUCACGUAAAAAGAUAGCAUCGGGAAAAGUGGCUUUUCACUUUCCACAAAAUAAUGUUUAUUUAUUUGGAAACGACACUGAUGGUAAUCUCAAAGAAAAUUCUGCGAAGGAAAUUCUUAAUUCUGUCAAUUCUCAAGACAAUAGCGGCAAUCAAAAGAAUACUGGAAAAAGCAGUUCACAUCUAGUGAAUGCCGUUCCAGUGGAUAUGCUUUUAAAACUUUCAAAUGACAAAGCAGCGGAUGGUGCUGCAAAAUAUGCGCCUGUGAUUCACCAACAAACAAGACGGCACUUUGAUUAUUUGGUAUUUAAUUUAAAGAUUGAUGCAUUAUCGCUAGUCGAACGAAAUACAACAUUAUCAAGACUGUAUGAAGUUCUUGUUGAAUCAGUUUGCAGAAAUCUCAGAUUAAUUGGCAUGUCUUUCGAGGAACAAAUUAAAAAUGAUACUCACGAAAUGAGGCUUCCAAUUCCAAUGCAUUUUAAACCAACGGACUUUGGACACCUCUUGACAAUUUCAUAUUUAGUCGGAAGUACAGCCAAAGAGAACUCCGAAUACCGAAUGAGUUUACACAAGACAUUGGCGCUCGGAAUGACAAGGCCUAUAUUUCGAGAAGGGAACGCCGUUAAAUUCCACAGUGAUCUAAGUAAUAACGAGCCUCUUUUCAAUCCUCACGAAGCAAUUACCGUUUCAAACACUCCACCCGGAAAGAUAAGUCUCGUUUAUGGAUGUUAUUCCUAUCAUCAUUAUAUGCAGGAUAAUUUCGACGAUAACGGAUGGGGAUGCGCUUAUCGUUCUUUACAAACAAUUAUCUCUUGGUACAGAUUACAGGGAUAUACAGAGAAAUCUAAUCUUAGUCACAAGGACAUACAAAAGUGCCUAGUGGAAAUAGGUGAUAAGUCCGCCAGCUUUAUUGGCAGUAAGCAAUGGAUUGGAUCAACGGAAGUUGGUUUUGUACUCGAAACACUUCUCAAUAUUUCAAUCAAAGUUCUCUGCGCAUCUAGCGGCGAUGAAAUGCAAAAUUUAGUUCCAAAUCUUGCCUAUCAUUUUGAAACUCAGGGCACUCCAGUUAUGAUAGGAGGAGGUGUUUUAGCGCACACAAUUUUAGGAGUUAGUACAAAUGAUAUAACCGGCGAGGUUCGAUUUUUAAUUUUGGAUCCACAUUAUACCGGUGCGGAGAAUAUAAGUACAAUUGUCAAUAAAGGUUGGUGUGGAUGGAAGACAAAGGAUUUUUGGAAAAAAGACGCUUUUUAUAAUAUGUGCCUCCCGCAGAGGCCUUACUGCUUCUAAUAGAGAAUGCAAAUCAAAUUAAUUAAUUUUAUGUAACAUAUUUCUAUUUGUACAAUACCAUGAAUAUUUUAAUUGUUUACUUUUUUUUUUAAAUCUCCAAUAACUUGUAUUUUCAUUUUAACUCAUUAUUUAUUUUUUAUGGUGAAAUGUGUCUACUAAAUGUAUAAAAAUGUUGAUUAAAUC